AUGUCCUGUAAUUAUGCUGAAGGACUAUCGCCAUACAAAGACAAGGGUGUUCUUGGAGUUCCAGAGAAAUUUGACUCGUCUGAAAAACUAAAUGAGAAAUGUCUAAUUCUGGCUAAUUUGAUAAAAGAAAGUAAGCAUGUUGUAGUUCAUACUGGAGCUGGAAUAAGCACAUCUGCCGGGAUCCCUGAUUUUCGGGGUCCCAAUGGAGUGUGGACUUUGGAAAAGAAAGGAAAGAAACCAAACGUAAAUGUAUCAUUUGCUGAAGCCAAACCAACAAAAACUCAUAUGAUAUUAAAAAAAUUAAUUGAGUGUAAGAAAAUUCAAUAUGUAGUAAGCCAAAAUAUUGAUGGCUUACAUUUGAAAUCUGGUCUGCCUAGGAAGUACUUAGCUGAACUGCAUGGAAACAUGUUUGUAGAUGAGUGUAAUCUGUGUAAAAGGCAAUUUGUGCGACACACUCCUGUAGAAACAGUUGGCAAGAAAUGUAGUGGAAUACCAUGUGGCGCUGGUCAUGCAGGAGGCAGGCCAUGCCGUGGGCGGCUCCAUGAUGCUGUACUAGAUUGGGAGCAUAGCCUGCCUGAGAAUGACCUUAUAGCGGCCGAGUUACAUUCCAGUGUUGCUGAUCUUAGCAUAUGUCUGGGAACUACUUUACAAAUUGUCCCCAGUGGUAAGUUGCCAUUGGAGACUGUUAAGUAUGGAGGAAAAUUGGUCAUUUGCAACUUGCAGCCAACUAAACAUGACAACAAAGCAGAUUUAGUCAUCAAUUAUUAUGUUGAUGAGACACUAGAAAACAUUAUGAAAAUACUAAACCUAGAGAUACCCUCAUACAAUGAAGAUGACAAUUGCAUAAAACUAGCAGAACAUUCCAUAAUUGAUUGGACCAUCUCCAGGAAGGAUAUUUUGGCACUGGAAAAGAUCUACAAAGCCAAAUGUAAAGGGGUGAAGAAAAAACGCAUUUUGAUUAAGAAUAAGGAGGACAGAACUGAUAAUGCUAAGAUAAUUAAGUUAGAGGUUAAGAAUGAGAUCAAAACUGAGAUAACUUGCUAA